AUGACUGGAGUGUCGCCGACGCUCGAGCCUGGAGUCAAUGGCAGUUUAUUGCUUGAGAAGGCAUUGCCGGAAGGCAGCGGAAGUCUUCGGCCUGAGCAACUGGGAUGUUGGAGGGCACAUGCAAACGUUUGGAAACGAAUGUUAGAUGAGAAUAUCGAAACUGCAAUGAUUGUCGAAGAUGACGUAGACUGGGAUCUUCACGUCCGCGGCGUUUUCACUGAAUUGAGCCACAAUCUUGCCCAGCAGACUUUGUUCCCAAGUUUGUCGCCUCGUUCGAAUCAAACGAUAGCUCCAUACGGUCUUGACUGGGAUAUCUUGUAUGUCGGCUCUGCGUGGGAUAUUCCGAAUGAAGAAAACCGCCCACCUCAUCUACUCUAUCACGACCCGUUUGCGCCUACCCGAGAUCAAACCGGCGGUUCUUAUGUCAACGAGCUCGAAGGAUGGGGAGCGAAAGUGACAAACACGUCCCGACAUCGCCUGGUUGCCCCUUCUUGGUACCCCGUUUCCACGAUAGGAUAUGCAGUCACCAAGAAAGGAGCUCAGAAACUUCUGUACAACCUUGGGUAUAAGGGAUUCGGAUCCACACCAAUUGAUUUGGCCAUGAUAGAACUCAUCAAAAAGGGCAUCGUUGAUUCCUAUACCAUCAUCCCUCCGAUAGUGACGCGGUUCCGGACAGGAGGAGCGAAGGAUAGCGACAUUGAUGAUGUUAAACCAGAAGAUGCCGAGGUUGAGCCCGGAUCUGAGAAUCUGAAUAUGAGCGCGAGGAAGGCGAUGGAAAAGCUUUCGGAGAAAAUAUCAUGA